AUGGCAUCUAUUGCUAAUGAAUCAAUAUUAACAGCAGUCGAUAAAAUUAUUGAAAGAGCAAAUGAAGUAAAGGUGUGUCAAGAUCAUAUGAAACUAAUAACAAUUAGUUUAACUCGUUUUCGACAUCGGUUGAAUGAUAGAUUAACCGUAUUAGACGAAACUCGUUCCCAAGAAGAUCUCGUAGAAAUACUAAAAACCAUUGAUGAAAUUGUUACUAUUUGUGCGGAAAAUGAAAACCUUCUUAAUGGGAUGACUUACAAGGAACUGAAAUCUGUACUAUUUCGUCUUCAAUAUCGACUAGCUCAAUAUGAGUCUAAUCUAACAGAUGACUGUAAAAUUAAAGUUCAAAUAUUAUCUACCGCUUUACAAGACCAACAAGUCUGUGUGACGCAAUCUUCGGAUGAGAUAUUCCAACAAAGAUUAGAUGUAAUGGAACAAGAAACCAAGAAAAAUAGCAUAGAAAAACUUCGUCACUUACGUGAAAAAUAUUCCAAAACUAUCGAAUCUUAUCUUCGUACUUGUAUCGAACUACAUCAAUGGGAAUUUAUUCCUGGUCUCACUAGUGAUGUUGUUGCCAAAGUUGCCAAGUUUUUCUACCAAAUCUCUAACAGAGAAGAAAUGAUAUUAGAAAAUGAAUGGCAAUCAUGUAAAUUUCCUAUCAAACGCACAUUCAUUCGAUUUAAAGCCGACAAAUUGACACCAUUCGAAAGAAACGGAUUACGACGAUUAUUGACGGAAGAUGAUUCCAAUAUGAUACAAGAUGUGAAUAGUAGAAGAGAAAAACUCACAGGAAUGUGGGAACGAUUAAUAUCGGUUCCUUACACGAAACCUGUGGUUGAAAAUAAUUGUUGUUCAGAAGAAGAUGAUAUAAAUGGGGAACAGAUUCUUCGGACUAAACGUUGGACUAUUAUUUUCGGUGAUCCAGGAAGUGGAAAAACAAUUUUUGUUCGAUGGCUUGUUUAUCAUCUUGCUCAAACACUUCUUCUCAAUGAACAACAUUCAACUGAGUAUGGUCCUCUUCGUAUACCAAUUCUAAUUCCUAUUAAAGAAUUUGCCGAAAAAUUGAAAGAACAACCAUCAUUAACAUUAUUUGAUUAUAUUGGAAAACACAAAUGGAUGAAAGAACCAACUAUUGAUGAUUCAUCGAUCUCUUCUGAUAAUGUAUCAUGUGCUCUUCAAGAUUAUAUUCAACAAGGCCAAGCUCUAAUCAUACUUGAUGGUCUUGAUGAAAUUUUGGUUCCAGAUCAACGCUUAAAAAUCAUUAAUAUUAUUGAAAACUUUGUAAACAUUUAUGUUCAAAUACCGACAAAUAUUUCUGCCGUCGACAAUAUAUACUUAAAUAAGUUAUUAGAUGAUCCAUCUCGAUCUGGAGGUAAUCAAUUGAUUGUUACAAGUCGCAUAAUCAGUUAUCAUACUAUUUCAUUACUGAAACAAUUUUCUCGCUAUACAAUUCAACCUAUGGAUACAAAAUCUAUAACAGAUUUUGUUGAUUAUUGGUUUUUUCGUGUGCAUCAACAUAUAAUUGACAUGCUAAAUCUUCCCUUAGUUAAUCAAGCAAAAAAUCAUAGUGAUGCAUUGAAAAAAGAAUUAGAAAAAACAAUGAAUGCUGAUCUUCGUGAAAUGGCUUCGAAUUGUGCUCUAUUAUCAUGUAUUUGUAAUGUAUGUUUUAGUCAAUUAGACUGUCCACCAUUACCUACUCAACGUUUUCUUCAAUAUGAAUCAAUCAUCAAAGAAGCAUUAAAGUUUUGGCAUAUUAAAGUACCAACUAUAGAUCAAUCACAAGUGAUUCAAAUUUUGAGUGACAUCGCUUUUUAUAUCUAUCAAAAUUCAGCAUCGAAUUUCAUUAACAAUGAACAAAUAAAAGAAAUUUGUGUUCAAAAGAUCAAAAGUUUCAUAAGCAAAACAUUGGUAACCACAGAUGAUAUGAAUGGUUUUGAAAGACAAGCAUCUGAAAUGACACGAAUCAUUUGUGAUGAUAUUGGUAUUUUAGUUUUGCGAACCGAAUCACUCUAUGGUUUUCUUCAUCAAGCAUUUCAAAAAUAUUUUACUUGUUUGAAACUCAUCGAAGGACAUACACCAAUAAAACAGAAGAGAUUCAUUACUGAUGUGUUCGAUCGAGACAACCAAAUUCAAGUUAUUGCUCAAGUAUUGUCUCGUCACGUAACUAAUUUACGGUUUCACGUACCAAUUGCAUUGGUUUUAGGAAAAAUUAGUUUGUCUUGGUCUCAAAACGAUUUUGACGAUCUUUGCUACGAGUUUAUACAAGCUCAAUAUGAAUAUGACUGUUUUGUACCACUUGGUACUUAUAUACUAAUUACUUGUGUCGAUGAAUUUGUUAAUUAUCCUUCAAAUGACAUUUUGUUCAAUGCCUUAGAUCGUUUAAUCAUUGCAGCUGGUCAACAUCAAUGGUCGAUUGUUUGUCCGUUUCUACUCGAUCAAAUUAUAAAUGUACUAAAAAAAUUUCGACAAGAUAUUGUUUCAUUAUGGAUUAAAAAAUUCUUGUCUGAAUCGUCUCGAUAUGAUAUUCAAACUAUAACAGCUCUUUGCAAAAUUCUCGAAGGAAGACCUCAUGAAUUUGAAAAUAUUCAAUGGUUAGAUCAAACAUCUUGUUCAAUACUUCAAUCGUUAUUAAUAAUUGAUGAUGAAAAUAAUGGUUUUGCUAUUGAUCGAUUAUUAGUUAAAAUUGCUUUCUCAAAUCAUCAGUUAUUACCUUUGAAUUCAACUACGUUUAAAAGUUUUUUGAUUGAUAAACAAAUUGAAAGCAAUUCAAUUCCUAUUCUCCUCUUUCCAUUAAUUAUUGCUUUAUAUGGCGGCUUGACUCGAAAUGGUCAGAGUAUUGUCUUCAAUCCUUGGCAUAUUCAUCGAGAAUCAUCUGUAUUAACACCAAUUUUAAUAGGUUUUCUUUCUGCAAAUGAUUGUGAUAAACAAGAUCAAAAUUUUAAAAAAUUACAACAAGAAUGUUUAAAAUCUUUUGUCAUGCGGAUGGAAAAACAUGAUGAAUCUUUAGAAGCAGUUGAUUUGUGUAUUGCAACGAUUUGUUUAUAUGACAUUGAAUACAUCCAUAACAAUUUAGAUAUUAUUUCUGAUUCUUUUUUAUGCAUUUGUAUCAAUAGAUUAAAAUAUAUUUCAAUGAUUUUACGUCAAUUUUACUUUGCUACGGAUGAAAAUGACCUAUCCAUGGAACAGGAAACAACAAAAUUUAUUUCAACUAGUAUCAACAAAUUUCAAUUAAUUGAAGCAUCAAGAUUUCAUUUUCUUGAUAUGUUAAAUUCACUAAGAAGUAGUGUAGCUCGUUUGCGAUCUUCUUCAACAUCUAUUUUAUUAGAAGGUUUAUCAGAACCUGAUAAACGAGUGACAUUACAUCUGCCUAAUUCUCUGCGAAAUGAGAAUCAAUUCCUUAAUGGUCUAUUAAUAACAGAUGUACAAUUUCAUUCUAAUCGAAAAUCUUGCUCAUUAAUUCAUCAUUUCACCAAACUUUUCUGGCUAUUAGAACACAGUGAUGAAUUUGGUACACCAUAUAGAAUGUCAACUGCUUUGAAUACCAUACCGGAAUAUUUACUAUUUCGAAAUGAUGAAGAUAUUUUAACUUCGUUAACAUUUGUUCCUUCACAUUUACAGAAUCUUUAUAUUCGAUUAUUGAAAGAAAAAUUUAUUAUAAUCAAUCCAAAAGAUUCAAUAGCCAAUAGCAAACAACAUCUUUAUUUUGGUCACAUUCUAACUGAAUGUUUAAUAUUUUUAUCAAAUCCAUCGUGCAAGAGAUUGUCUAUUUUAGGCGCUUUAAUUAAUCUGUUACCUUGGCUUCGAAUACAGCAGUUAGAAAAUUUUGCUAGUAGUCUUUUAUGGGCAUUAGCUAUAGAUGAUUCAAUUCUUUUGGAUAUUUAUGAAACAAAAAGAAAACGUCCAACCAAUUAUGAAACUGGUCAGUACAUGGAUAGAGAUACAAACUUUUUUAAAGGAUCUCAUCUAAAAGAUGAAAAACGGAAAACAAUAAUCCGAACUAAUAUCGAACAAGAAUAUCAAAGACUUCAAAAUGCUUUGACUUCCAUUAAUAAUGAACAAAAAGAUAUUAAACUCUAUUCUGCAUCAAUCUCCUUGGCACAUAUUUGUCAUUGGACAGACGAUGAAAAAAAAUUAUUUUUAUUAGAACAAUCUAUAAAUGGUGCCAUGUCAAUUCAAAAUCAACCUGCUCGUCUUGAUGCAUUAUGUCUGAUUGCUUUAUACUCACAUUCUGAUUAUGAUCAAAUUAAAGUAGAUAGAAACAGAUCUUUAAAAAUGGAAAUCGAACAUCAAUUCAAUGAAAUUUAUCCAAAUUUACCUCUUCUAUUACAAACAACUAUUUUCAUUCGAUGUUUACCUUUACUUUCACAUUCACAAGCGAUCGACGAUUGUCUUCAAAAUCUCAUUAGUAAAUUUAAUAAUAUAGAUCAACGAGAUCGGCAAGCAGUUAUUGAAGCCUUAUUACCAUACAUGGAAUUGAAUUGUACUUUUUCAUCUAUUACGAAUCGUUUCUCAUAUAGUUUACACGACCAAACUAGAAAAAUACAUUGUAAAUCUUCUGCUUUGAAGAGAUAUUUUAAUAUUAGUACAUAUGAAAAUCUAUCGUUCUCAUUAUCUAUUUCAAAUUUAUAUCUUGUGGAAUUAGCCAAUGAUUUUCAUACUAUUUUUCAAGCGAAUAAUCGUCAAUUAAGCAUCGAUGAAUCGAUUGAAACAAAACUAUUUCAAGUCGGAAAAAGUAUUUUGAGAGAAGAACAAGUAUUAACAAUCACUAAUAUUCUUUCCUUCGUUUCAUUAACAAAUCAAUAUAAUCAGUAUGAGAAACUUUGGCUUAUACUAAAUAAUGCUCUUCAUGGUAUGGCUUGGGUAGAAUUUAAAGCAUGUCGUUUGUUAGAAUCUUGGCUGAAAUGGAAAGAAUCAAAUGAAUUGUCUUGUUUUGCCUAUCAUGCUGCACUUCUUCUCAUUAAUUCUGACAUAUGGUCUGUCGAAGCUACAGCCAUCAUAUGUGACCUUUUAUCUAAUGACAAUGAUCGUUUUCGUCAUAGAGCUGAGAUUAUAUGUCGAUCAUCAUAUGAACAUGACGUUCGAACUAGUUCAAAAUUAGGCAUACCUGUUUUAUUAACUCUAGUCAAGAAAAAAAUUCACUAUCAAUUAAAUUCAGCAUCUAUUGGACUGACAUUAAAUCGAUUGAUCCGUAAUAUAACUCUCGAUAUUCAAUCUCAUUUAGAAAUAUUACUUUGGCUAGAAAGAUAUAGAAUUCAUGCAUUGACCAAUAAAGAAUAUUCCUUCAACAAUUUAAAUUCAUCAAAACAUUCUUAUGAUAUUGUGAAAGCUGUUCGUGUAGGAUUGGCUCGUGUUCUCAAAGAUUCCUUAUUUCUAAUUAGGUUUCUCGAUUAUGAUUAUAUUCAAUGUUACCAUGCAUUAAUCGGAUCAACAGCAUCCUGGUAUGUUGAUGAAAUUCAGCAAAAUAAUGAAAAUAAUGUUGCAAAGUUUAUCGAAGAAUACCCAACUCUUUUACCAAUCUUUAUGGUCGAAUUAUACGAUAGUAUUCGUCAUUUUUCCAAUAAAAUACAGCAGAUCGAAUUCAAUAACUAUGAUUUAGCCUACGGAUAUCCUACAUAUGUGAAUAUUGCUUGUCUAAUCGCUGUACGUAUGCCAAAAGUAUUUUGUGCUUUCAUCAAAGAUUGGCCUGAUGGAGACAAUUUAAAACGGGCAUUGUUUUAUGCGAGUAAACAAAAUCAUUUUCCACAGCGCGCCUCUUGCUUAACAAUUCUAUCGCUGUUGGGUGAAUUAACAAUCGACUUAUGUCAAAUAUUCAUUGAAGCUGUACGUGAUGAUUCAUAUAUUCAAAAUAAUUGUUAUAAAUCUAUAAGAUUUAUUCAUUCGGUUAAAGAUGAGAAAGUCGUUUUAAAACUUUUAUUAUCAUAUUUAAAAUCAAAAUCUAUGAGUGUUCGAUAUGUUACAGCUAAAAUACUUCUUCAUCUUUCUCAAUCAUCUCUUAUUCCAUUUCAACAAGUUCAGACUAUGUUGAAUGAUCUUAUGUUAGAUUCGAGCUCAAAUGAACAGUUAUGGUUAAUUAAAGAGAAAGAUGGUUUCACCUUAGAAUGUCAAUAUUACUAUGCUGGUCCAUUGAAAGAUGUUAUUUAUUCACUUCUUGUUCAACAUGUCACUGAACAUAACAGUGACAAUGUUCGAAGAAAUAGAUUCAAUGAUAUUGAUUUGGAUUUCAUUGAAUCUGAAAAAGCAUCCCAUUUUGCUUCUUGCGUCUAUGAAAAAAAUCUUGAAGAUACUCCAGAAUAA